AAGGAAGGGAGAGAGAGAUUGAGAGAGAGAGAGAGGAGGCGGUGGAGGAGGAGGACUAGUGUGGGGUGGAAAGGAAGAGUGAGCGAGAGCAAGUUGAGGGGAGGGGGUGUAAGAGCCGGCGAAUUCUUUUUCUUUUUCUAUUAUUAUUUUGACGACUCCUGAGUUGCGCCCAUGCUCUUGUCAGCUUCGUUUUAGGCGUAGCAUGGCCAGGCAGAAGAAAAUGGGGCAAAACGUGCUCCGGGCCGUCUUCUUAUUAGUCCUGGGGCUUUUGGGUCAUUCUCACGGAGGAUUCCCCAACACCAUCAGCAUAGGUGGACUUUUCAUGAGAAACACGGUGCAGGAGCACAGCGCUUUCCGCUUUGCCGUGCAGUUAUACAACACCAACCAGAACACCACAGAGAAGCCCUUCCAUUUGAAUUACCACGUAGAUCACUUGGAUUCUUCCAAUAGUUUUUCUGUGACUAAUGCUUUCUGCUCCCAGUUCUCAAGAGGGGUAUAUGCCAUCUUUGGAUUCUAUGACCAGAUGUCAAUGAACACUCUGACCUCCUUCUGUGGGGCCCUGCACACAUCCUUUGUGACGCCCAGCUUCCCCACUGAUGCAGAUGUGCAGUUUGUCAUCCAGAUGCGCCCAGCCUUGAAGGGUGCCAUUCUGAGUCUGCUGGGUCACUACAAGUGGGAGAAGUUUGUGUACCUCUACGACACAGAAAGAGGAUUUUCUAUUCUCCAAGCGAUUAUGGAAGCAGCAGUGCAAAACAACUGGCAAGUGACAGCCAGAUCUGUGGGAAACAUAAAAGACGUCCAAGAAUUCCGGCGCAUCAUUGAAGAAAUGGACAGGAGGCAGGAAAAACGAUACCUGAUUGACUGUGAAGUCGAAAGGAUUAACACAAUUUUGGAACAGGUUGUGAUCCUGGGAAAACAUUCAAGAGGUUAUCACUACAUGCUUGCUAACCUGGGGUUUACCGAUAUCUUGCUAGAAAGAGUCAUGCAUGGGGGAGCCAACAUUACUGGAUUCCAGAUUGUCAACAACGAAAACCCUAUGGUUCAACAGUUUAUUCAGCGCUGGGUGAGGCUAGAUGAAAGGGAAUUCCCUGAAGCUAAGAAUGCACCACUAAAGUAUACAUCUGCACUGACCCAUGACGCAAUACUGGUCAUAGCAGAAGCUUUCCGUUAUCUGAGGAGACAGCGAGUGGAUGUGUCCCGGAGAGGCAGUGCUGGAGACUGCUUAGCAAAUCCCGCUGUGCCCUGGAGUCAAGGAAUUGAUAUCGAGAGAGCUUUAAAAAUGGUGCAAGUACAAGGAAUGACUGGAAACAUCCAAUUUGACACUUAUGGACGCAGGACAAAUUACACCAUUGAUGUGUACGAGAUGAAAGUCUCUGGCUCUCGAAAAGCUGGCUACUGGAAUGAGUAUGAAAGAUUUGUGCCUUUCUCAGAUCAACAAAUCAGCAAUGACAGUGCAUCCGCAGAGAACCGGACCAUUGUAGUGACUACCAUUCUGGAAUCACCGUAUGUCAUGUAUAAGAAGAACCAUGAACAACUGGAAGGAAAUGAAAGAUAUGAAGGCUAUUGUGUUGACUUAGCCUAUGAAAUAGCCAAACAUGUAAGGAUCAAAUAUAAAUUGUCCAUUGUCGGUGAUGGGAAAUAUGGUGCAAGAGAUCCAGAGACAAAAAUAUGGAAUGGCAUGGUUGGGGAACUUGUCUAUGGGAGGGCGGAUAUAGCUGUUGCUCCACUCACUAUAACCUUGGUCCGUGAAGAAGUCAUAGAUUUCUCAAAGCCGUUUAUGAGCCUGGGCAUCUCCAUCAUGAUAAAGAAGCCUCAGAAGUCAAAACCAGGCGUAUUCUCAUUUCUGGAUCCCUUGGCUUAUGAAAUCUGGAUGUGCAUCGUCUUUGCUUACAUUGGAGUCAGCGUAGUUCUUUUCCUAGUCAGCAGAUUCAGCCCCUAUGAAUGGCACUUGGAAGAUAACAAUGAAGAACCUCGUGAUCCGCAAAGCCCUCCUGACCCUCCAAAUGAAUUUGGAAUAUUUAACAGUCUUUGGUUUUCCUUGGGUGCCUUUAUGCAGCAAGGAUGUGAUAUUUCUCCAAGAUCGCUGUCCGGGCGCAUCGUCGGAGGGGUUUGGUGGUUCUUCACCCUGAUCAUAAUUUCUUCCUAUACUGCCAAUCUUGCUGCUUUUCUGACUGUGGAGAGGAUGGUUUCUCCUAUAGAGAGUGCUGAAGACUUAGCUAAGCAGACUGAAAUUGCAUAUGGGACCCUGGACUCCGGUUCAACCAAAGAAUUUUUCCGAAGGUCCAAAAUCGCUGUCUAUGAGAAAAUGUGGUCUUACAUGAAAUCAGCAGAGCCAUCUGUGUUUACCAAAACAACAGCAGAUGGAGUGGCCCGAGUGCGGAAGUCCAAAGGAAAGUUCGCCUUCCUGCUGGAGUCAACCAUGAAUGAGUACAUUGAGCAGAGAAAACCGUGUGAUACCAUGAAAGUUGGUGGAAAUCUGGAUUCCAAAGGCUAUGGUGUGGCAACCCCUAAAGGCUCAGCAUUAAGAAAUGCUGUUAACCUGGCAGUAUUAAAACUGAAUGAGCAAGGCCUCUUGGACAAAUUGAAAAACAAAUGGUGGUACGACAAAGGAGAGUGCGGCAGCGGGGGCGGUGACUCCAAGGGCUAGAAAGAAUGAAACAAAUAGCCUUCAUCCAAGAAACAAGAAAUAGGGGCAAGCUCAGAAGCCAUGAUACCAAGUAAUGGAAGGACACAUUGGGUAAGUACAAGAGAGGACCUGAAAACAGAAUCCUCCAUGACCCAAAGAGUAUGUGAAUUAUAUUGAAGCAUGUAAGAUCAACUCUUGUACAACCAAGAUACCAUGGGCAUCUUAAGGUGAAGAACAGUGUUUCCCAUAUACAGGCCAACAGACAGGCAAGCCAACCCUUUUCUCCUUCAGAGACAAUGGUUACACCUCUGCUCUUCUCUCUCUCUCUCCAUUCCUCAGGAUCCUGAUGGAAAAAUUAGUUGGCCAGUCUGCACUAUAAUAUGGGUUUGGAAACACUGAUACAGACCACUUUCAAAGAGAUAAAUUCAAAUACAACUUCCUCCAGCACAUAAUCUUACCAGGCAUUGGCGAGGUCUUUUACUGUAAAACCUUGAUUAACCAGAACUCAUCUAACCAGUAUCCCAACUAACUGAAUUGUCCCUCCUCACUACUCCACAUUGAUGAGAAAGCAUCAAUAGUACCAAAAAAGAAGAAUUCUGCAAGGAAUUGAUUUUUUUUUUAAAUCACUUGCCAAGAGAUGACCUGUGGUUAGGUCACAUUCAGCUUUGUCUCCCAUAUCUUCUCUCCAUCUGGAUUGACCCUCAAACAUUAGAGGCUGCUUCCCGGAGGCGAGAAAGUGGAUACACGCACUUUGAGAAAAAAAUAAAUAAAUAAAACCAUGUUGUUAGCGAAGAAUGAAACAAAAUGAGUACUCUUAUUGAAAAUUCCAUUCAUCCCUUAUGGAUUUCAAUUAAUCAAGGUUUUACUGUGUGUCAGAAAGCAAUAACUUCCUUUCCCACCAGUGUGAACUGAUGACAUUGACAGCUUAGCCAAGCUUUCGGCUCAAUUGAGUUUGCAGUGGCUAACCUGAUGCCUAGAGCAUUUAGCACCUUCUUCCUGGUCUUUUUCUCAUGUUCUUAGCAGGCCCGGAGGACCUAAUUUUCUCAUUCAAGUGAGUUGCAGAAUGAAAAUUGAGCUGGAUUGGAUACAUUGCUCUCUUGACUUCAUCAUUCACACUCAGCAUGGUUACAAAGGAGCCAUGGACUGUGUCAAGAUGACUCUAAAACAUCCACAUGAUGCCAAGUGCCCAGAAGUUUUCAAAUAACCAGAUGUUUGCUGUUAUAUAAACCAAAACCAAAUCUUCACAUAGUUGGCUGAAUUUUUACUUUUCACCCAGAUGUUUUGGUAUCCUGAAGACCCCUAAAACUUUAGACCAGCUCUUUGCUAAUUACAACCAGCAAUCAAGCUUUUCUCUUUUUCCUCAGUUGAUACUGCUGCAAAGUUAUCAAGUAACCUUAUUGCCAGCCCACGAUUUCCAGAUUAUCUGAUUAUCAAUAUGCAAGUAGGAAAAACAGUUCAGUAGAACCUAAAUGUUUCCAACUUCUUUGACACUAGUGCUACCUGCCAGGCAUCUCUCAAAUCACUUGCUUUGGCCAUUCCUCCAGCCAGCCUUUUGAAAUAAGUCAACCCCUUUCUCAGCUAUGGAUAAUAGUAUGAUGAGUACCACAUCUCCAACGAUUGCUUAUUCCAUUUCCGGAUUACCAAGGAGUUUCCUCUGUCCUCUCCCUUCUUGCUACCUGCUGUUUUCUGAGAGUGAGCAAGAGAAGGGGCAAGAGAUGAACUUGAAUCUGUUUUACAACUAUCUGGUGGUGACGCCAAAAGCAAAUCAGUGGAGAAGAAGGUAGAAAAGGCAGCGAAACCCCAUUAAUCUGGAGCCCUCCGAUUUAUAAUUUAUGACAAACCCGACAGGGACCAGUCAACAGUCUACCUGUAUAGCAUCAGGAAAGGGGCUGAGAGAGGUUUGUUAAGCAAAUGAAGAGUUUAGAUUGUCUGUUGAAUUUUUUCCUUAAGAGAACAAAUUUUUUCCCAAACGUUGCAAGCAUUCAUUAGAUAUAAUCGUAUUCAUUACAAAUCUAUCUGGUAAAGUAGUUCUCACAAGGGCCUCCACUUUGGCGAUGUAUCAUAGGGAGUUUGAAUUACAAAACAGACCUAAAGUAAUAAAACUGUCAUUCCUCAAACCUGUUUUGUAAUUCAGGACUUUCUCAUUCAGACAGACCUUGCCCUAUGUUAGACCAAACCAGUGAAGUUUGACUGUAUUGGUAAAGUGGCCUGAGAAUUACACUUCUUCAUUGUAUCCCACCCCAGUUAACAUGACAAUUGACUGUUGAAUGUACCAUCGUUUCACAGAGAGUGAGACCCAGAGAUGGUGGUGACUUUGAGAAGGUCACACAGCUAAUGCUGUCACAAAUCUCUGCUGACUUUCAGGGUCGCCUCUUGUGAUAAUAGUGUAGGCAGCAAUUGAUCACAUAGACCCCUCCAAUGAGCAACGUGAAUCUGAUUGCAUGUGAGAUAUUUCCAUAAAAACCAGGUUUAUUCUCAACUACCUUGGUUACAAGGCAGAUGGCAUAUUUAAGCCAUUUCAGCCCUCAGUGCUGAUUACUAAAAAUGACAAUAAUCAUAAAGCCUGACAUUUAUGAGUGCUUUUACUUUUUCAAAAACACUUCCACACCUAUUAUCUCUGAAACCAGGAAAGGGAGAAAAACCUACAAUACUUAUCUGUUUCUCUCCCGCAACCUUAAAAUAAUGAUAAGUGGGCAAUUAUAUUAAAAUGUUGACUUUUCCCCCCUGGCAUGAGACAUUGUGCAUUUUCAGCCUAGUCUCCAAAAGUUACUCUUCUACAGAAGGGCCGAGCAAUUUUUCAGGCUAUUUUAAAUGUGUACAUGCUUAAACUAAAGCAACAGAUAUUUCUUUCCUUUCAUUUCACUGAUUUUAUCUUGUUUUCCAAACGCUGCAAGGAAUUUAGACAAGGUCAGCUUCCGAGGUAGCCCCUGAACCGAAAUACUGCUCGGUUUUAGCCAUUUCCUGAACCUGAGCUAAUAGGACCCAAACAAAUCAGACCUGAUCCUUCCUUGAUGGACUAUAAAUGUACAGGCAAGGAUCAUGAAAAUUAGAGCUGUGGUUUGGGAAUUUUUAACCUGCAAAUCACCCUUUGGUGUUAGUGCAUUAUUACAAUGUGUGCAUAAAUGUGGUAAUUAAGAGCCAGUAGGUUGUUUCAGCAAUAAACCCCGAUCACCGGGGGUUUGUGACACAGCCAGUGAAAUUCUGUCUCUGUAAAUCACAGCAGAAUGGGGAUUUAGCUGCUGAAUUACCACAUAAGCACAUCAGCCUCCUUCCACAGCUGCCUGUCACCUCAAACUUUCAUAUUCUUCUGAUCCGCCCCUGCUCACCCUGCUUCACUCCCUUAAUCCUGGGGAAAGGGCACCAGCUUAGCUUUCCUGUGUCGCCCUACCUUCCUUGAGGGGGUCUGCUCUAUGAAACAAGCUACCUGUGCCUGGGGUGACAAGGCUUUUAAACCCUCCCCCACCUCACCCUAAAAUUGUCCCAGCUUUAAUUCUAUCCAGGGAUUUAGACUUCCAGUGUCCAUAUUGUGCAAGCUGAAAACCAACACGUUUUGUGUGCUUUGGGGAACACUGGAACAGAAUGUUUCAUUGGAACCACCCUGAACCCCGUGACUGGAAGGAGAGUUACAUGACCAGUGCCUUAACUUGCAGGGCAUAUUGGAAAGUAAGGGAUGAUGAUGAGACAUAUGCAGUUAAACUUGGAUUAAGUAAAGAAAUGGUUGAGUGAUCAUUGUGACUUAAAGAACCUCGAUAGAGAAAUGCAGCCUUGUUAUCUUCAAAACUACACUGUGGUGCUAGGAAAGAAUUUAGGGAACUUGUUUUCCUAAAUUCAAAAAGUGGCUUACGGUUAAAAUUAGUCGUGUUUCUUUUCAUGUGGUUGCUUUCAGAGGAACUAAAAAGAGUUUGUUCUCUUAAGAAAUUCAAGCACGUCCUUCCAUUCUAUCACUAGCAAUCAUGUUUUUUGAUCUCCUGCAUUUGCUUAGCAAGUCUCAUAUUCAAAGACAGUAAGAAGUUGUACUUUAGAACAGCCUACUUCCAAAUGCCCUCAGCUUCCUGUUUGGUGGUCCUUAGCUAAAUGAGGUGAUACUAUGUUUCCCAUAUGUAUAAAUGAGAUCCUCAGUUUUGUGUGUAUUUCUUCUUCCGUGUAUGUCUACAAUCCUCCUCUCCUAUGCCACCGUCUCUUAACCACUUCUCUUCCACACCCAGAAUUCUUUGACAUUCUUGGGCCUUGGGUCACGGAUGUGAAUCUGCAUCUGCCUUUUACCUGCAACAAGAUGGACCUUUUAUUAGCAGAAGCCAUCCCUAAAGGUAGACAUUUUGGAUGCCCAGGGUUAAGAUGGAUCCCAAUGACUCUUUAUUGACACUGUUAUGUGUGUAGGCAAGAAUCAUUACAGAUCGAUGGCACUUCCUGGGUCUUAGAAGAAGUUCCCGUGAAUCACCGAGACUGGUUUGGGAUCAAGGAAUAGGGUGAGUAUAUUAUACUCUUCGUUGGUUUGCAUGUCUCUGUGCUGGUGCUGCCUCCUGGAAGUAUGAAGAACCUGACAGUUUUCUUUGCUGGGAGUGACUAAAUUUGCUCCUUGAACUUUACUCAGGUCUUCUUCCCAAGAGCAAACCCUCACUUUCUCUCAAGUGGCUGCUUCAAGCAAGGGACCUUUUUUGCCUUAAGAACUGAACCAGUCCAGUGACUGCCAAAAUCAUUGAUUUUGCCAUAUGGUGUUAAAGAAUCAAUUCUACCACCG